AUGUCGCCCAGUCUGUCGACAGUGCUGCUUGUGGCCCUCUUGUCUCAGUUGUUUGUGCUGCCAGCUUUGACCAGCAGCAAAGGAGACGAUACACCUGACUCGAAAAAGUACAAGUUCUUGUACUUCGCUUCCAUCAUGGGUGGAAGCCACUACGUGGCACUGGCCAGAUCGGGAAGGGCACUGGUCCAGCAGGGUCACCGUGUUGUAUCCCUUGUUGGCAGCUCCAACUCCAACAGAAGCUGGCAGAGAGACGCCGACGUCUUCUCCUUCGUGGUCUUCAACUCGACCUAUACCAAACAGAACAGGACCGACGUGAUGGACAAUAUAUCCAAGGUGAUCGUGAAGGGACAUCAUAAUCACUUCUUUGGUCCCUUUUUGAAUUCAGCGAAUCUGACGGGCAAGCUGAAUUUUAUGGAUAUGUGGCUUCAAGAGUGUGACGACCUUUUGGGGGAUUCAACCGCCAUGGAGCGACUGCGCAAGGAGAAAUUUGACAUGCUUGUCGUAGACGACAUGAUACCUUGCGGACCACUGUUGGCCCAGACUUUAGAUAUCCCAUUCGUUCAUAGCUCCGUCUUCUUUGUCAUUCCGUCUAAACACGGGCAUUGGACUGGACUUCCAACAUAUCCAUCGUACAUACCGGAGCGCAACAUGGGACUCACCAACAAAAUGACGUUCCUCCAGCGAGUGCAGAACGUCUUAGUCCAUUAUUUGUACGGUUUGAUCCACUUCCGUACCCGUAUGGGCAUAUGCAACUUCGAUGGUUAUGAUCAGCUAAAGGUCAAGUACAACAUCAAGCCAGAAAUUAGCACGCUGGAGUCAUAUAAGCAAGCCUUACUGUACUUUCUACACGGGAGCUUCGCGUUGGAAUUUGCCCGCCCCAUGCAGCCCAACACAAUCCUUAUUCUCCAUCAUCCUGGAGUGAAUGGAAACCAAACGCUGGAAGAGGAUGUUGCCCAGUUUCUGGAUACUGCUCCCUCCGGAGUGGUGAUGUUCUCCAUGGGCUCUUUUGUUACGAUGAUGGAGCGUGAGCAGGCCCAGAUGUUCGCGGAUGCCUUCGCUAUGCUACCGCAUCGCGUACUGUGGCAGUCAGGCGCCGACUUGUCAGGACUUCGGCUCGGGAACAACACCUUGGUUGCCAAAUGGUUGCCCAUGACACAAGUCAUGGAACACCCUAAUGUACGACUGUACGUCAGUCAAGGUGGAGCUUUAACCCUUAACGAGGCACUGUGGGCGGGGUUGCCGAUAGUUGGUCUUCCCCUGGCUGAAGAUCAGAUGGACAACUUGGUCCGCGUAGAGGCAAAAGGUGUUGGGUUGAAAGUGGAUAUCGCCAGCAUGACACCGAGAACUCUGAGCCAAACCAUCGGUAGAGUCAUGACAGAGCCCAAAUACCGUGAGAACGCACGACGCAUCUCCGAGAUCAUGCGAGAUCUCGAGACCUCAGCCUCCCCCGUGGACACCAUGGCUCGCUGGAUACUGCACGUGACCCUGUUCGGCGGAGAUCACUUACGACCGGCCGUCCAGGAUCUGAAUUUCGUCCAGAGGAAUCUUCUUGACGUCUACCUAUUCUUGGCUGUCGUGCUGGCCUUGGUUACUUGGAUCAACGUGACCGUGAGCUCUUUUUGCUUGAGGUGCAUGUGUUGCAAAGGCCGGAAUAAAAACCAUCUUAAGAAGGAGUAGGGACAUUGGUGAAUAAAAUCCCGGGUCAGAUUCGACCCUGAAUCCGGGUCAGAUGUGACCUGACACUCUUUCGAGUCAAAAAGACAUUUAUGUGUAAAAAAAAAAAAAACAGGAAGGACAAUUUUCUUGGUCAAGCGUCCCAGGACACUUUUCUGGGUCCAGUCCCCCAGAAAAAGUGACUCAGAGAAGUUCACCUUGACCCGAAAAAGUGUACGGUCAAAUUGACAAGGAUUCUGGGUUGAAAUAAUCAUCUGAAGAAGGAGUAAACUAACUUGGUGAAUCUGCACACAUUCGACCCGAAUCCGGGUCGAAUUUGACUCUUCCAAGCAAAACGACAAUUUUCGUGUCUAAAUGACACUUCUAUGGGCCAAAAUAGUUUCUGUCAAACGGACACUUUGUUGGGUCAAACGGAAACUGUGCUGGGUCAAAUGGCCCAGAAAAGCGAUAAGUGUUAUAUUGACGCGGAAAAAAGUAUCAGGUCCAAACUGAUUUGGAAUCUGGAUCCACUCUGACCCGGGUCUUUCAAGAGUUCGCAAAUGUAUUUCUUACCAAGACUUGCCAAAAACAAAAUGCAAUGAAGAUUAUUGCAUGCUAACAAAAUUGGUUUAUGUAGAUUUAAUAAAGUGAAUGUCCUGAAACAAUUUUAGGCCUACAUUGAACUACAAACCAUUCGUGAUUUUAAAGUGGCAUUCAUUCAUUGAAAAUAUCAUUGUGUUGCAUUUAACAAGUUCACUCUUACAACCUGCAUCCAAUACGUAAUGUAUUUUGUCUCUUCUAUAAGCAGCUUCCGUAUAUCCGUGUAAUUAAAAAUGGCCCGAUACCUAAAUGUAAACUUAAUACAAUGUUAUGUGCUGAUAUAGAUGAGCUAUAGAGCCUACAGUACAGCAUUGUUUGUUUUUGAGCUUCCGGACCCCUCAGCGACCCUAUGGGCUUUUUUUACAGGGGGUUGCCCUUUCUCUUGCUGUAAUGUCUGACAGAAGGAUUUCCACCGUAA